CUCCUUAUAGCCUUACAAUGACACCAUUCUUUUUUUUAAAAAAAAAACCUGCUGCUUUUGUCCAGGGCAGAGGCCAAGUCUAGGGAAAUAAUCCAAAUGACAAAAACGACUGAAACCAGCUUCUCGAUUUGUGACGAACAGCACUUUGUUCUUGGUGGGAUUUACCAUUCGAAUUUGCAAACGUUGGGCUAAAUCCGUUAGCAGUUUUCCCGGGGGAGGGGCGGCAUCCUCUCGUUCAGCAUCAGGAGGAAGGCGAGCGUGAAAAAACGGUUGCGAGGGCCGUCGGGCGGGUGAUUUCGUUCCGACUGUUGCCAGUGCCUCCCCUCCCCGGUUGGAGAGCUGCCUGGCUAGGAAAGGAAUGAAUGAGCUGAGAGAAGCGAGGGAGGGAGCGGCACUAAGACCGCCUCGGCUGGGUUUCCGCCUAGGGUGGAUUGCAGAAGCAGAGAGGAGGAGGAGAUCUCCAGACACGAGAGGAGGUUAUAGGAAGCGGCGAAAAAGCAAUGCUCCAUCAAGGCUAUAGCUGAGAGAGCGAGGCAGGAGAAGGCGAAGCGAUCCCCGGCCCAGAGGCGUUCCGAAAAGGGUCCCCGGCAGACGGCAGAGGAAAAGCGGUUCUCCCCAAGACCGGUCCAAUGAACAUGUCAGUGUUGACUCUGCAAGAAUACGAAUUCGAGAAGCAGUUCAACGAGAACGAGGCGAUUCAAUGGAUGCAGGAGAACUGGAAGAAAUCUUUCCUGUUUUCUGCUCUGUAUGCUGCCUUUAUAUUCGGUGGCCGGCAUGUAAUGAAUAAGAGAGCAAAAUUUGAGCUGAGGAAACCACUAGUGCUCUGGUCUCUGAGCCUUGCUCUCUUCAGUAUAUUUGGUGCUGUUCGAACGGGUGCUUAUAUGCUAUACAUUUUGAUGACCAAAGGGCUAAAGCCAUCAGUUUGUGACCAGAGUUUUUACAAUGGACCUGUCAGCAAAUUCUGGGCAUAUGCGUUUGUUCUAAGCAAAGCACCAGAACUAGGUGAUACAAUAUUUAUUAUUCUUAGAAAACAGAAGCUCAUUUUCCUCCAUUGGUACCACCACAUUACUGUACUACUUUAUUCUUGGUACUCUUACAAGGACAUGGUGGCUGGUGGUGGCUGGUUUAUGACCAUGAACUACGGAGUACAUGCUGUCAUGUACACUUACUAUGCCUUGCGGGCUGCUGGCUUCAGAGUGUCUCGGAAGUUUGCCAUGUUUAUCACUUUGUCGCAGAUUACGCAGAUGUUCAUGGGCUGUAUCAUCAACUACUUGGUCUUUGCUUGGAUGCAACAGGGCCAGUGCCCUUCGCAUGUGUCAAAUGUCAUGUGGUGUUCUCUCAUGUACCUUAGCUACUUUGUGCUCUUCUGCCAUUUCUUCUUCGAUGCGUACAUUGGCAAAACCAGAAAAGCAAGGAAAGCCGAAUAAAACCUAGAAGCAAGAUGGAAGCCGCAGCUCAGGUCAUCUACAAAACAACAACACAGAAAUUUUGAGGGGAAAAAAAUGGCACAAGGAAAUAUUUGUAUAUGGUGCAAUUAAAACUCAGCAGCUAGGUGGCGGCUAGGCUUGUUGAAACCAGUAAGUUUAUGAUCCUGUCUGGGUGAUGACUCACUGAAUUAUCUUGCAUCGCAAAAGACUGCUGUCAAUAAGACAUCUUCUUCCUUGCAUCUAUCCACUCAAAACACAAAUUUUAAAAAAAGGAAAGAAAAGCAAAAGAAGAUAAUGAUUUUGCAAAAUAAAAAUAUGAAAAUAAAUUGUUUCCCUGACAAUAGACGACUUUUAUUUAAAAAAACUAAUUAUUUCUAUAUCCUUUCUAAACUUUUUAAAAAAAAAAAUGCAAAACUUGAACAACAGUAAGUCGAGGAAAUACAUGGUUUGUGUCACAUGAACGUAUGAAGCUGCCUUGUAUUGUCAGAGCACUGGUCCACCUAGCCUGAUGUAGUCUACUUUGACUAGUAGUGGCUUGCCGAGGUGUCAAGCAGAUGUUCUGCAACCAGAGCUCCUCUUAAAACUGGAGAAUUAAACCUGGGACUUUUUGCAUGCAAAGCAUCUGCUCUGUCACUGAGCUAUGGCCCCUCCCCCAAUGAUACCAGUCUUCUUGCAAAGUUUACUAACUUUUUCCUUGAAAGGGUGGCUCCAUGUGAAAAUGAAAGGAUGAAUGCUCCUGGAAAAGUCAUUUAAAUGUCCUUAAAAUAAUAAAAUGGGGAAGAACUGGUUGAUUUUCACACUGUAUCACUUUGCUGUGAACAGAUCUGGUUGGUCAGCUAAAGACCUGGGAGUUUCUUAAGAUAUUUAUUCAGUCAUCCAUGAUUGUUGUUGAGGUGCAUAUGUCAGCAAAUUUGUUCAAGUGCAUAAAGGCAUAAAGGAGAGCAGGCUAACAUGCAGCUGAUUAGUUGAAUUACCUGGGUCUAAAAACAGACGAAAGCAAGGGAAAGGAAAGAAAUAUGAAGGGAAAGGAAGAAACUGUAUAUCAAAGCUGAUUAUUUCUCAGAGUGCCCUUCAAAUCCUUGUCUUUUGCUGUCGACAGAGUUUGAGGAUCACAGGAACUUUUUCCCUCCUCAGGGCCUGUUCUGACAUACUGUUUCUGAUGUACAGGAUGUCUUUCAGCAUAGGUGCCAUUUGGUAGGUUUAGCUGGAAAAGAGAUCGCCCAUGUCUCUUGUCCAUAGUCAGUUUCACAACUAGGUCAAUCUGGUUCAUGCAGUAUCUUUGAGACACUGAAUGGAUCUUCUGCUAAACAAUGUAUUCCUGUGCAUGCAGCCAUGGGAAUCAUACCAAAAGCCAUUUUGCGAAUGCAAAAUAUGAGGGUGGGUGCGGUCUUUGGAAUAGGAGUCCAUGCACAAGUAUGCCCUUGUUGUAGUGGCUAUACUUUUUUCUUCUACCUGUGGUUCCAAAUUCAUAACCAUUGCCUCAAAAAACCCCUUCAAUUUUUGCAUCCUAUCCUACAACACAAACUAAUGAGGUUUGUUCUGGCAUGCAAUAUUUGCAGGUUCACUGUGUAGGAAAUGCAUCAGAGAAUCCAUUAACUAUGAACAAAGAGCUAUCACAGGUAGAAGAAGCCAGCAGCUGCUACAAGCACAGCAUAGCCCUGAAAUGACAACAUUAAGUGCAAUUUGAGUGAAAGGUGCAAAAACGAAAAUCUAGACAACCUUUUAGAAGGUGGUGGUUAGCGUUAGAUAGGAACUUCAGGAACAAAGAAACCUGUGGUAUGGUACAUAUUUUAUAUUUUUAUGAACUUCAAAGAAUAGGUAUCUGCAAUCUUAAUAGUAUUCUACAGGACUGUAUGUGACUUUAGGUAACACUGUGCUUCUGCGUUUGCUUCUAAAGCAGUACAAAGAUGUUUAAAGUGCCCUCCUCUGGUCACUUUGAAAUACAACAACAAGAUGUAUUGGAAUUGUCAUACUGGAAGUUUUAUUAUGGGACUUGAAUGGAGUGAUUGUGCUACAACACAAAAUUUGUGAUCUAGAGAGAACUAUACUUACUUUAAAAAAAUCUGUAGAAAAAUAUACUGUAGCAUUCUUGAUCGCUUAAAAACACAUCUGGUUCUUCAGUCAGCUGCAGAUAUAAGGACAAAAGUAUUCCACUCUGAAACUCAGAGAAUUAGCUGAAAAGAGCCAUAUUUUCUACAAGAAAAAGUAGAUUGCAUUAUAUGUAAGAUUUCAGUCCUUACAAAGCCAAAUAAACUAUGUUAUAAUGUUCCAAGUACAUCAAAGAAACAAAUGUGUAAACUUAAUGUUAUAACUGUGUGUUAACAUAGUAUUCUCAAUUGUAUCCGUUUGGUAGUUGAACUAAAAAAUUAGAAGAACUAGAAGGACAGAUUAGGAACUGCUGUGCUACAUAGAAAAUGCAUACACACCUAUAACUAUACUCGUAAUACCCACUAUGUGGGCUGUCAAAACACAGCAUUGGAAGGAGAGGGAAAGAAUUGGCUAUUUCUUUUCCUGGCUAAUGCAAAGGAUUGCCAUUAACUUUCUUCCUUUCAUCUGAGACUAUACAAAACAAAGUAUUUUUUUCCUUCAACUGUACUGUCUCUCAGUCAUGACACAGAACUGACGUGAUAUUUGUUAGACAUAACAAGGGCUUUCAGUGUUUCACUCUGUGAAGAAGAAAAAAUCCUGUUACAUUCUGUAUUAUGUGGAAAGUCUUUUUAAGAACAAGAAAUCCAAAAGCUCUCCAGAGCUGUCACAACUGUGAAAAAAUGGAGGGAAAUAUGUUUGUGUCAUUUAAGUUAUUGAUAUUCAGACAUUGCUAUUUUUUGCAAAACAACAGCAUAGUAUUAUAUUCCAGAGAAAAUAUAACAUGAUUAUAAGACUCCUGUAUAAGUGGAAAUAUCAAAAUGUAAACAAUGUUAUUUUACAGCAUUGGGAGUAGAUUAUAUUUCACAAUAAGCCUUUUUUUUAGCAAACACAUGCUUAAAUAUUUUUCCAGCCUGUAAUUUUUGAAGCCAACCAAGCUCAAUUAAUAUAGAAAGAGAAACAACAGCAAGCGUUUGUUUGUUUUUAAUUGUGGCAUUCAUUUCUGUAUUUUUCACUUUUCAUUUAAUUUUCUGUGAAGGCUGAAAGACAGAUUUCUCCAAACCUUUCUUAAAAUAAAUAAGGAGAAGUUUCACAAAAGACUCUUAACAAUGCUUUAUCAUUUCUUCCUUCUGUAAACAAAAGGAUGAAACUACAUUGAUUAGAACAUAAAUUUAGUUUCAGACUUACAUUAGUAACAGCAACACUACUUUAGAGACAUAAAAGGUGUUCUUAGUUAAGAAUCAGAGGAGUUAGCCGUGUUAGUCUGUAGUAGCAAAAUCAA